UAUUUUGAAAAGCGGAAAUGUCGGAGAGUGACUGUGAGGGCAAGAAUGCUUGCGUCGUGUUAGCGCAUGCUAACCGCAUAUUAAAACAUUACCUUUAUUAUAUUUUUUAUCAAGACCACGGAAGACUUUGUAAACCCUCUGACCUUCUUGUGAGAAAAAAAUAUCGAAAAUGAACCAAGCUGUCCCACCCUUGUCGACCCUCCGCCAACUGGUGCCCCCUUUGCAGUUGUGCUCAGCUGCCAUGUGGCAACUGGCCCAGCAGAAAGAUGUGAUGAACUACCAGAAACUCCAGGACUUUGUGUACGCUGUGACCGAAGCGGUGCCCGAACUGAUGAACCACAAGCCACGUGACCAGCUCAUCCUGGGCCUCAGAGCAAGGCUGAUCCUAGAGCUGUGCAAAGGUUCUGCCCGGGGCUCUGUGGACUCCCAGAUGAUCCACAGUCACUUAGAAAGACUCCCAGUAGCUCCAGAUAGCGACGACGAGGUGAAAACAGCAGAGUCCACUUUCGUCGCUCUGAUUCAGAGCCUCUUGAAGGAUCCGGCGGAACGAGCUUACUUCUUUCAGGAGGUGUUCCCCGUUGAAUAUGGCCAAAAGUAUGAUGCAGCCCUACAUGCGUUACUUUGGGAGCUGCUCACAAAAUUAGAGAAUCUGAUCCCAGUACCAGACCUCAAGCAGACGGCAGCCUGGCUUGGCUCGGCUCCCGCCAUUUUGGGCGAGUGCGUCCGGUCCGUGCCAGAAGAGCUGCCUUCAAUUUUUGAGCACUGCAGAACUGCUGGACUUUUUAACAUACAACACGGCCCCUCAUCCACGAUUGGCAGCUGCAUCAUGUCCGCUCUGUCCAUCCCGCCCUCUCAAAAAUCAAACAUCUCCCUGGCUCCGGAGUCUGUCCACAACUAUUCCAACCUCCUCCAUCCUGAGCAGUUCAGCGUGGUGACCAUCUACACCGAGGUGGACGUCCAAGAAGUGACGACCGAAGGUCAGACGAAUCUCUACGAGGUGGAGGUGUCGCCCGCGGAGGACGCCACGGGCGAAACGUUGGCCGUGGCCAAAGCGCUGGAAAAGCUGACCAAAACAUUUGCAUUGAGAAAGGAUAGUAUUGAUAGCGAAACAGCAAGGAGCCAGCAAUUUACAAUUCAAGAUGUCUUUGAGGAGGCUAAGGAUGGCGUCCAGCCUGACACCGAAGCAAAGGAGCUUUCUGCAGAAGACGACGUGACAACUAAUGCCACGGAGCUUCCUGUUGGUGAAAUGCAGCACUCGUCCAUUCCACUAGUGGAAGCUUCCACCGGCUGGUGUGACUUAAAAAGCAUUCAAGCUGACCACCCAGUUACCUCGUCUGUGAUCGCCAUUAAAGGAAGUGACAAAGGCAAUUCCAAUGAGAUGACCUCCAUCAUCUUCACAUGCUCACAGUGUCCUUUCCACCACUCGGACGUCGACAGCCCGCCGCACUUCCACAUGCAGAGCGUUCGCAACGAGGACUACGGCAAACUGUCAGGAUCCAACGCGGCUCCGAUUCCUUCCGAAUCGGAUGAAAUUUUCACAUCUAUUAAGCUUCUCCCCAAAGGAGAUGAGGAGCAGCCGGACGAUGCGCCGGUUAGCUCCGGAAGUUUCCGCCAGGACUCCAGCAGGCAAAAAGCUCUGGCGUGCGAGACGUGCGGCCGGACAUUCACGCGUACGUCGGACGUGCGGCGCCACCAGCUGACCCACACGGGCGAGCGGCCCUUCCGCUGCUCUCAGUGCGACUGCACCUUCCAGCACUCGUGGGACCUCGCCAAGCACCAGGGCAAGUCGCACGCCGCCGCCGUCUCCUUCGCCUGCUCGUCGUGCCACGCCUCCUUCGCCAACCUGCGUGCGCUGACCGCCCACCACAAGCGCAGCCACUCGGACGGCGACCGCCUGCCGCACAUCUGCUCCAUCUGCAGCCGCGACUUCGCCUCGGCCGACGAGCUGCUGGAGCACAGGAAGUCGCACGUGGCCAAGCGCUACGUGUGCCCGCAGUGCGGCGAGGCCUUCGAGUCGCUGGCGGCGCGCUCGCUGCACCGGCAGACGCAUCAGGUGAAGCGACAGUUCAAGUGCCCGCGCUGCGAGAAGACGUACACGCGGCGCUCGGACGUGAAGCGGCACAUGGCCGCGCACACGGGCGAGCGGCCGCACCGCUGCGGCCAGUGCGGCAAGCAGUUCUCGCUGCGCUUCAUGCUGGUCAAGCACCUCCGCGUGCACACGGGCGAGCGGCCUUUCCAGUGCUCGCACUGCGCCAAAAGGUUCACCCUGGCCUCUGUGCUGGCACGCCACGAGAGGAUGCACACGGGCGAGAAGCCCUUCCUGUGCUCCCAGUGCGGGAAGGCCUUCCUGUCCCAGGGCGAGCUCUCCAAACAUCAGCGCUCGCACACGGACGAGCGGCCCUUCGGCUGCCCGCUUUGCCCCAAGCGCUUCAAGAGCAAGAAGACGCAGCGGGAGCACGCCGUCUCGCACACCGGCGCCCGGCCUUACCCCUGCGCCUACUGCAACAAGGGCUUCGCCAAAGCCACGGCGCUCACCCGACACCACCUCAUCCACACGGGCGAGAGGCCCUUCCCUUGCGGCUACUGCGACAAAGCCUUCCUCACCCCCGGCGAGGCGCAGCUGCACCGCCGCCUCCACACGGGCGAGCGACCCUACGCCUGCGACGCCUGCCAGCUCAGGUUCAAGAGCUCGUCCGAGCUGGCCUGGCACAAGCGCGGCCAUUCGGGCGUGGCCAAGCCGCCCAAGCCCAACUGCGACAUCUGUCGGAAGAGCUUCGCAUCCAAGGCUAAUCUCAAGAAACACAUGGAGACGCACGUGGAGCACAUCGUGGACUUGAACGCCGCCGCGUUGGACACUUAAAUGUUCUUUUCUCUCAAUCACAAUAAUAGGGCAUAUGUAAGCAAAUGAUAUGAAGUAAAGUUGACUUUUUUUCCCUCCAAA